AUGCUCAAAUUUGGUGCAGUAGUCGUGGGUAAUCUGCGUUUAUCGACAAUAAAUUCAACCGUAAGGUUGAUGUCAUCUGCCAGCAAACCUGCAAUGCAGAUGAUCUUGAACGAGAAAGUUGGUGCCAAUAAAAACGUUGGUCUCAUUCGUCUGAAUCGACCGAAAGCACUGAACGCACUUUGUGAUCAGUUGAUGAACGAGUUGGCUAUCGCCCUGAAGGAAUUCGAUAGUGAUGAUUCAGUUGGUGCAAUCGUUAUCACUGGCUCGGAACGGUCGUUUGCUGCUGGUGCAGAUAUAAAAGAAAUGGUUGAUAAGAAGUUCGUCGAUGUGUACAAAAGUGGAUUUCUGGAAGGAUGGAAUCAAAUCUCAUCGGUUCGUAAACCGAUUAUAGCAGCUGUGAAUGGGUUUGCGUUGGGCGGUGGCUGUGAGUUAGCGAUGAUGUGCGACAUUAUGUAUGCUGGCGAAAAUGCACAAUUCGGUCAGCCUGAAAUUAAUAUCGGAACUAUUCCAGGAAGUGGUGGCACACAACGUUGGACGCGUGUCGCUGGUAAAUCCCUAGCAAUGGAGAUUAAUUUGACUGGCAAUAGGGUAUCAGCAAAAGAAGCAAAGGAGUGUGGCAUCUGUUCGAAAGUGUUUCCUACUGAUAAGGUGUUGGAUGAAGCGAUAAAGACUGCUGAAAAGAUCGCUGCGCAAUCACCGUUGAUUGUGAGGAUGGUGAAAGAGGCCGUUAACAAUUCGUAUGAGAUGACACUUCAGAAGGGACUUCAGUACGAGAAAACUCUCUUCCAUCAGACUUUCGCCACUAUCGAUCGCGAAGAAGGUAUGAAAGCAUUUGCUGAGAAACGCAGUCCAAAAUGGACAUCCACAUAA